CGGAUGAGGUAAUGGGGGUAAACAGUCAAGAUGGCGACGUGUGUAGCCGGAGAGGGACAAGCGAGUCUUAACGGGAAUUUUUCAGAGUGUCAGGCUAAAAAACUCACCGACUUGCCUUCAGAGUUGAUUGAACACAUUCUUUGCUUUCCCGUUUUAAAGCAUGUUGAUAUUUGUAACGUUUCCUGUUGUUGCAAGCGGCUACAGGACGUUUGUCAUGGAAGAGGGAAGGUCUGGGAGCACCAGUACAAACUCAGAUGGCCAAGGUUGCAGAGGUUUUAUCGUCAGAAUGAGUGCUGUGACUGGCUCAAAGAAUACAAGACACGCCACAGAGUCGGAAUACAAAUCAGAGGAACGGUGGAAUCGAUCUCCAAACGAUUCUUCACAGAGGUUCCUUGUGUAGGUCAGGUUUUGGGCGACAGUUUUGCUGAGAUCAAGUCUUUGGGGAUGCCUGAGCACUUUUGUGAAGAUGAGCUCCUCUUCAUCCUCAACACAGAUAAAAGGAAAAGCUUGACCUUGAAAUACUAUGCAAGGAAAAUUUUAUAUUUCCUACGGCAGCAAAAUAUCCUGCGGAGUUUAAAGACAUUCUUGGAACAGCCCGAGGAACAGCAGUCAGCACUGGAAGGGGCUGUUCUGGUGGAUCAGUAUUGUAACCCUUUGGCUGAUGUGACUCUAGAAGGUAUUUCAGUGCAGUUAGAUGAGAUGGUAGAGAAAGUCAAGAAAACGCUGAGACUUAAGAAUCCUUCCCACCCCAGUUUGCGUUGUGCUCAAGGUAACUGUUUUGCUGUAGAGGACACUGAGCUCCAGAGGCAGGUGCUCGGGGCCCUAAACUCUGUCUUAUAUGAACAGCUUCAGUUCAAAGGCAAUGAGUUUGACUAUUACAAUCCUCUGAAUUCAUACAUUCAUCAGGUGCUAUUACGUCAUACAGGUAUUCCUAUAAGUCUGUCUGUCCUCUACAUGACCCUGUCCCAUAAACUGGGUCUUCAUCUGGAACCAGUCAACUUCCCCAAUCACUUCCUGCUGCGCUGGUGCCAAAGACCAAGGGGGAGUGAGGACAUCUAUGACUUUGUUUACAUCGAUGCCUUUGGAAAAGGGAAGCAGCUGACGGCGAAGGAGUGUGAGUAUCUCAUUGGCCAUCAGGUGACUGCAGAUUAUUACAGUGCCAUAAGCACCACUGAAGUGCUCCUCAGGAUGGUGGGAAACCUGCUCAACAUCGGAAAAAGGGGGGAGGGCAAUGAGAAGUCAUACCAGCUUUUAAGAGACUCGCUGGACCUCUACCUCACAAUCAACCCGGAUAAUGUGCAGUACCUGCUGCUCCAGGCUCGCCUCUACUUUCACUUGGGAAUAUGGCCUGAAAAGGUGCUAGAUAUCCUGCAACAUAUCCAGGCAUUAGACCCGUCCCAGCACGGGGCUGUGGGUUAUUUAGUGCAGCACACGCUGGAGCACAUUCAGCACAAGAAGCACCCUGUGACUCCUGAUGAAAAGAGGCGCAGUGCUCCUGAACAUGUGGAGGUCCAGUACUCAGUGGGACUCAUCAUGAAACAUAAAAGGUCAGGAUAUAACUGUGUCAUCUACGGCUGGGACCCCAAAUGUACCAUGAGCCAGGAGUGGAUCACGACCAUGAGAGUCCAGCAGCUGUCCAAAGGUGCCAACCAGCCCUUCUACAACGUUCUGGUGCAGGAUGGAACAUGUCGCUACGCUGCACAAGAAAACCUGGAGCCCCACUCCGCCCCACUGGAGAUCGGCCAUCCUGAAGUGGGACGCUAUUUCUCUGAGUUUGUUGAAACUCAUUAUGUUGCCAAUGAAGAACUAGAGAUGCGAUACCCGGAGGACACACGAGAAACUCUGGGCAAAGUACACGAGCUUUACCACGGACUCUCUCUGGACUCGGGGCAUCAGGACCAGGCCUCAAACCAACCCAACCACACAACCAACAUGUAGCAACCAGCCAAACACACACACGCCUCACUGACCUGACACAGCCACACAGGACCCUUCACCUGCUUGUAUUAGAGCGGCUGCAGUAGUGCCAUGUAUCUAAGACAGAAACAAUAGUAGAUGCAGCGAUCAAAACAUGCUGUUUAUCUGAAAAGAUAUAUCAUCUUCACUAAAGCGACUUUUACAUAAACUCAAGUAUUUUACUCGUGUAGUAAUGCAACGUUUGCAUUAGGUUUUCUACACAAAAUCAACAAAUUGUUGAAAUGCUUUGAAGCAUUGGUGAGAAUGUAAAGGAUUACACAGAGCAGACAAACUGAUAAAGUAAAAGUACGCGCCCUCAGUAGUGUGAACUGAACAGAAUGUCUCCUCAGACUUUUCCCUCUGUAAUAUCCAGACCUCCAUAAACUCAGAACACAUUCAAAAAGAGUAAACGCCAUUGUUUUUAUUCCCCUCGUGGUUUUAUUGUUUGAUUGUGCUCUUCUUUCACAUUGCUCCUUUGUACUUUUUAAUUCACUACAUCUGAAACGUGUAGAACAAAUGGAUGUGACUCAGAACAAAUAUUCAACAUGAUUUGUGUUACACAUGACCCUCUGAAAAUAAAAAGAUGUUUUGUUUUUUUUC